AUGUCUUUAUCAUAUUUAGAAGCCGACAUAUCUCAAUCGGGCAUGGAUUUUGACUUUGGAGAUGACUACGAAACAAAACAUUCUUAUCUCAAUAGUAUAGGUUUAAACGGCUCUGUUCAACUUUCAACUACCCCAAUAUCAAGUCUCUUAGUUCAAGUGAUAUUUGUUAUUGAUAUAUCAAUAUCAAGCCAUUCAAUAAAGGAGUAUUUGAAUACAUUACCUGCAGAUAUUUACUCUCUGAAUCAAAUUCAAAACUCUAUUCAUUUGAGUAGUCAACACCGAUCGAUUGUUAGAUUGCAGGAGUUACCUGAUUCCAAUGAUAUUGAGCUUUCUAACGAAACCACAGAAAAAGAUAUAAUGAUGAAUAACAUUUUUGUCCCAGGGGAAAAGGCUUUUCAUAAACUUAUUUUGCAAGAUUCAAAAGGAUCCUUGUUCUAUGGUAUCGAAAUACAAAGAAUCGAUUUUAUUUCCAUGCUAUUACCUAUAGGAACUAAGUUAUUGUUAAAAAAUGUUAAGUUUAGUGACGGAAUGGCUUUACUAGAACCUAUCAAUGUCAAAUAUCUUGGUGGGCGAAUUGAUGCUCUUGAUAGAAAUUCUCGGAAAAAUCUAUAUUCAUAUGUUUAA